AUUCAUGUCCAUGACUGCUCGAUGUUGUGAACUUGAAGCGGUUUGAUAAACAGAAAUCAAUCACGCCGACUGAUGUUUGUGAGUACAUAGUUAUACAGUACAUGUACGUAUUGGAACACACGUGCGCUGAAGGAUGAGCCGCUUUCUGAACGUGUUGAGGAGCUGGCUGCUCAUGGUGUCAGUGAUCGCUGUGGGAAACACAGUGCAGAGCUUCAGAGAUCACAGCUUCCUGUCUGAGAAGCUCUACACAGGAACACCUGAAUAUGUAAACGGUCUUCAGGCGAGAACCUUUGGCAUAUGGACUCUCCUGUCCUCCAUCAUCCGCUGUGCCUGUGCCAUAGACAUUCAGAACGGAACGCUUUAUCAUAUCACUCUGUGGACAUUUGUUCUGGCGCUCGGUCACUUCCUGUCCGAAGCGUUUAUCUAUAAAACCGCUCCUCUGACCAUUGGAGUCAUGGCUCCUCUGAUUGUAGCCAGUUUCUCUAUCGUGGGCAUGUUAAUUGGCUUCCAGUGUGCCGUUGAGCCUCAGGAAGUAGUGGGAGCCCGUCAGAAGAAGAGGAACUGAGUGAUUCUCCCAGCAUCAUCACUUUCUGUGCAUCAUCUCAGCAUCAUCUCCCAGCACACAUCUUUUCUGAUGGCUCACUGGUUACAUGCCUGUCCCCAUAGCAACUGCUUGCCAAAACAUAUGAGAUGCACGAACUACCUUUGUACUGCUUUAAAAUCUGUGUAAUAUUCAAAUAAUAAUAAGUUUAUAUGGUUACUUGAAGUUUAAUUGUCCAAAAGCAAUUACAGUACCGGUAUUAUUUUAACUGAGAUGCACGAAUAUCUUCAUUUCUAAUUGAUAUUU